UAUUUUCAACUCUUUUGGCGCUGCUCUGUGACCCAGAAAGGACAAAACAUCAUGGACUUCCACGAUGAACUAACCCGGUAACCUCCCUACCUCACUCAAACUGCCUUGCCUCCUCGCCCUCACCCGACCAUCCGCCCCUUUCUUCUUUCCCGCUUUUGUAUUUGUUCCUGCGGGCUCCCGUCCACCUCAGGGGUACCUGUGUGUGGAGAGCUGUACGAAGGGUGCCGCCAAAAUGGUUACACGGCGUUUUGUCCUCGAGAAACAUGUUGUUUGCAGUGAGACACCAGGAGCCGAUGAGACAUGCCUUUUGAACUUCCCCCGUCUUUCCUUAACCUAUCGGCGGUGUCCCCCUCGAAAAUGGGACCGCGAAACAGACCACUUGAGGCUUCUCUAUUAGGGUUCGGUGAAGAGAAGUACUUCGAGUAUGUAUGACCGUCUAUACCGAGAACCGCCCAUGCAAUUAGCAAAGGCAGAACAACUAGUAAGAUGUAUGACCGUUUAUACCUGUUUUCACCGUCUAUCGAUUCCGUUUCAUCCAAAGUAGCAUACAAAUCAGCCCCACGAAACGGUGGGCAGCGGUUGUAUCAUACCUUGACUCAAGCGCGCAAAAGAAGCGAAGACGCGAGCAGAAGUGUAUCGUCAUUGACUUGCUCCCCUUUUCUUCCGAACAAGACUCACCUGAACAUCGGACAGAGAAUCUUGGAGACUGCAGUAGAACGUGCCUUAGUGGGAAAGAGAAAUGGCACGGGGGAUGCAUCUCCUCUCCCAGUCCUGGUAAUCCGAUCUGCAAACUCACACGUGCCGCGCGCAUUUCUUCUUGCAUUAAUUCUGCAUAGAGAAGAUCGAUCGGGUUCAUCUUCCUUUUUUCCCAAAUUCCUCCGCAAAGAUUGAGGGAGUCAUGGAGCAGCAGUUCAUCUCGUCAAAGCCCG